AAAGCCCAGGACCAAGAACCUAAUUCAGACCCUUGGCAGAUGGACACCAGUAUCCUCUCCUAACCAGCAGGAUGGAGACCACACCCUUAAAUUCUCAGCGGGACCUGUCAGCGUGUAAGGAUGGAGAAGACUGCCAUGAAAAUGGAGUUCUACAGAAAGGUGUCCCCACCCCAGGCAAUAAAGCAGAGCCUAGCCACAUCUCCAAUGGGUACUCGGGGCUUCCGAGUCCGGGUGCAGGAGAUGACACCCAGCACUGCACCCCAGCAGCCACCGCCACCCUAGUGGCUGAGGUUCAUCAGGAGGAACGAGAGACCUGGGGCAAGAAGGUGGAUUUCCUCCUGUCAGUCAUUGGCUAUGCUGUGGACUUGGGCAACGUCUGGCGCUUUCCCUACAUAUGUUACCAGAAUGGAGGAGGGGCAUUCCUCCUCCCCUACACCAUCAUGGCCAUUUUUGGAGGGAUUCCACUCUUCUACAUGGAGCUUGCAUUGGGCCAGUACCACAGAAAUGGAUGCAUUUCAAUAUGGAGGAAAAUCUGCCCGAUUUUCAAAGGAAUCGGUUACGCCAUCUGCAUCAUUGCCUUCUACAUUGCCUCCUACUACAACACUAUCAUGGCCUGGGCACUCUACUACCUCAUCUCCUCCUUCACGGACCAGCUGCCCUGGACCAGCUGCAAGAACUCCUGGAACACAGGCAACUGCACCAACUACUUCUCUGAGGACAACAUCACCUGGACGGUGCACUCCACGUCCCCAGCUGAAGAGUUUUACACACGCCACGUCUUGCAGAUCCACCGGUCUAAGGGCCUCCAGGACCUGGGAGGCAUCAGCUGGCAGCUUGCCCUCUGCAUCAUGCUCAUCUUCACUGUUAUCUACUUCAGCAUCUGGAAAGGUGUCAAAACAUCUGGCAAGGUGGUGUGGGUGACAGCUACAUUCCCUUAUAUCAUCCUCUCUAUCCUUCUGGUAAGGGGAGCCACCCUCCCUGGAGCCUGGAGGGGUGUUCUCUUUUACCUGAAACCCAACUGGCAGAAACUCCUGGAGACAGGGGUGUGGGUGGAUGCUGCAGCUCAGAUCUUCUUCUCUCUGGGUCCUGGCUUUGGGGUCCUACUGGCUUUUGCUAGCUACAACAAAUUCAACAACAACUGUUAUCAAGAUGCCCUGGUGACCAGUGUGGUGAACUGCAUGACGAGCUUCGUUUCAGGAUUUGUCAUCUUCACAGUGCUUGGGUAUAUGGCCGAGAUGAGGAACGAAGACGUGUCCGAGGUGGCCAGAGACGCAGGCCCCAGCCUUCUCUUCAUCACGUAUGCAGAAGCCAUCGCCAACAUGCCAGCAUCCACAUUCUUUGCCAUCAUCUUCUUCCUAAUGUUAAUCACACUAGGCUUGGACAGCACGUUUGCAGGCUUGGAAGGGGUGAUCACGGCUGUGCUGGAUGAAUUCCCCCACAUCUGGGCCAAGCGCCGGGAGUGGUGCGUGCUUGGGGUGGUCACCACUUGCUUCUUUGGAUCCCUGGUCACCCUGACUUUUGGAGGGGCCUACGUGGUUAAGCUGCUGGAGGAAUAUGCCACAGGGCCUGCGGUCCUCACCGUCGUGCUUAUCGAAGCCGUUGCAGUGUCUUGGUUCUAUGGCAUCACUCAGUUCUGCAGUGACGUGAAGGAAAUGCUUGGCUUCAGCCCUGGAUGGUUUUGGAGGAUCUGCUGGGUAGCCAUCAGCCCUCUAUUUCUCCUGUUCAUCAUUUGCAGUUUUUUGAUGAGCCCCCCACAGCUACGGCUUUUUCAAUAUAAUUACCCCCAAUGGAGUGUCAUAUUGGGUUACUGCAUAGGAACCUCGUCUUUCAUCUGCAUCCCUACAUAUAUAACUUAUCGGCUGAUCACCACUCCAGGGACCUUUAAAGAGCGUGUUAUUAAAAGUAUCACUCCAGAAACACCAACAGAAAUUCCCUGUGGGGACAUCCGCUUGAAUGCUGUGUAACAAGCUUCAUUGAGAGGAAAACAGCUUCCCAACCACCUCUUCCUCCAGUUCUGACCUUGUCACACCUCGCCUUCUCCCCUCUAAGUGAAUGAGUUUCCAGCUCAGCAUGGAAGGGUCUCCUUCACAGAGACGCAACCCCAACAGACUAUGGUGCCCAGACUCUUAUGACCUACAGUCACUUCUUUCCGUGAAAUCUCCUGGACAUAUGACCACGCUGGACUCUGUGAUGCAGCUGAACUAGCUCAUUUGGAUGUGUGAGGAUGUGUGUGGGAGGUGAUGACAAGUGCUCUGUCAUCUGUUAAGAUUAGGAUUAGAGUCAAGUCUGUGAAAGGUUCCUCUAUCAUUUCUUGGUGUGAUCAUUGGUGUCUGACAUCUCUUAGCUUGUGAAGGUUUCACUGCUCAUGAAUGCAUAAACCAUGUAAGAGAAAACAGAGAUGCCGUUUUGCAUAGAAUUCUAUAGCUGGUAGGUACUAGAACCCUCUAACUUGUGUGCUGCUGUGAGUCAGGAGUGGAAGAUAUAAGAAGCUAA